AUGGGUGGUGAGGCUGGGGGGCCCACAGGGGCCGCUGGGAGCAACCCCCACCCCACAUCGCAACCCGGGGUGACAGAGAGCUCUGAAUCCUCGGUGGGCAUCAAGAGCAGCGCCUGGCACAGCUCCACACAGGCCAGGCCAGCGCGAGAACCCUGGUGGGCAGUUAGGAGGGGCAGAGGACAGGAUCCCCGCAGCCCUCAUCCUCUGCAGGCCGGAAGGAAGCCCAGGCAGGCGUCUGGUCCACAGCUCCCCGAUGAGAACCCGCUCAGAAGGAAAAUAACAUCAGUGCCAUUGUCUGGACUCCAAAUCCUGCCUGAGAAACAAAGCCAGCCCCACGGCAGCUGGGGUUCCCCUGGCAAAGCCUCAGCCCGGUGGCCUCAUCAGGGCGGCACAGAACCGCGGGGAGAGGAAGGGUCAGCACCUGCAGUGGAGACUCCCAUGUCCCCCACAAGCCCAGAAGUCACUGCCAAGGGCUGCAGAGGCGGCCGGUCCCAGUGGCGGCCGAGCCGGCAGACCUUGGCUGCGGUGCUCGCCUGGGUGGUCGCUUGUGACCCAGAGCAGAGUCUGCUUGCAACUCCUGUGUCACAGGCACAUCUCGGUCUCAGUGACCUGCUCACACCAACUCUCUCUGGUCUCAAGCUCCACAGCCCCAAGCACAAAAGUGACAGAAGUGAAGGCCAACCUGGUCCCCAAGGGAGGGGCUCUGCGGCUGUGUCUCAGGUCCCUUCUCCUCUUGGGACAGUGUCAGACACCAGCAACCUAAGGAGGAGAGGGUCAACUUGACUCACAGCCCUGGGUUUCAUUCCAUGGUUGGCCAGGGCUGGCAGAGGACAGCUGGUCCCCUCAAGGCUGCUGGGAAGCCCAGUAGGAAGGGAGGAGCCGAGCCAGGCCCAGGGUUUUGCUUCCAACCAGCGCCACCUCCUGACAACGCUCAGCCAUGAACGCAUGAUCGAUGGAUUCACAAACACCGCACCCCGUGAUCGAAUCCCCUCACGAAAUCGCCACCUCUAAACACAUGAGACAUUGGGGGACAUUUGAGAUCUAAACAGCAGCUGAUCUUACAUGUCUACCAUUGCACAUGUCCCUGGAGGCAAGUGACAAGUUAGCUGUGGCGAUAGAGUUUACUGGCUCAUGACACCAGAGGCUCGAGAGACAAACCCGGACUACAGGCACAGCUGCAUCCAGGAGCUCGCCUGCCUUUAUCAGGACCCCGACUCCCCUCUCUGUGUCUUGCCUUUGCCUCCCUCCCCGGUGACUUCAUGCUUCAG